AGUUUCUCUUAUUUUGGAAAUCACUUGCUUCACAGUUAUCAUCCUCUACUAAAAGCCACCACCAAACUCAAAAGCCAACUAGUCAUGGAACCAUCACCGCGGCUCACAACACCCCCACCACCGCUCCCACCACCCACAUCCACUUAUGAUGACCACCGUGACACAGUCGAUGACUCAAGCCUGCAAUCAACAUGGUACCACCGCGCUUGGGUGGCUAGCGGGUGUAUCACCGUUGCUAUCUCUCUAGUAAAAUGCAUAACCGCUGCAAUCGAUUCGCGCACCUGGCUCCAACCCAUUAUAGCUGGAUGGUUGGGGUACCUACUUGCGGAUCUCAGUAGCGGAGUCUACCACUGGGCGAUCGAUAACUACGGUAGCGCCUCAACCCCAAUUUUCGGUUUCCAGAUAGAAUCAUUUCAAUACCACCAUGAAUCCCCAUGGACAUUAACUCGGAGCCAAUUUGCGCACAAUAUCCACAAACUCGCACGAGGCAUAACCUUUGCUGUCCUUCCAUUAGACCUUUUCUGCAACGGUCCGUUUCUACACGGAUUCGUCGCCCUGUAUUCGGGCUGCAUUAUGUUUAGCCAGCACUUCCAUUAUUGGGCCCACGACACCAAGAGCCGGCUCCCUCGGCUUGUGGUGGCGUUGCAAGACGCGGGGUUACUGUUGUCUCGAUCGCAGCACGGGGUGCACCACCGGCCUCCGUACAACAAAAACUACUGCAUUGUGAGCGGAGUGUGGAAUGAGCUUUUGAGUGCGUACAAAGUGUUUGAAACGUUGGAGACGUUUCUGUUUUUAAAGCUUGGUGUGCGACCUCGGUCUGGGAAUGAGCCCAAGAGUGCAUGGGUGGACCCAAAAGGAGAUUGA